AUGAUAGCUGCAUAUCCUAUAGCACUAUUGAGCGAAAAAUGUUGCCAAGUACAACGGAGUUUGGUUAAUUUAGAAUCCGCGAAAUUAAAAGCUCAUGGACAUGGAAUGCUUAUGGAACCUGUAAAUAGAGGAAGUGCUUGGAGGAAGGGAUUCAAUACACCUAUCAAUUAUGAUGAUGAUGGAAAUUAUUGUGGUGGUUUAUUUGAACAAAUAGGUAAUGAUGGCAAAUGUGGUCUCUGUGGAGAUGAUUAUAGACUGCCACAGCCUAGACCAAAUGAAAAUGGUGGAAAAUAUGGUACUGGUACUAUUGUAAAAACCUAUAAAGCAGGACAAAUAAUUGAACUUGUAGUCAAACUCACUGCUAACCAUAUGGGUCAUUUCCAAUAUUCUAUUUGUCCUCUUAAUGAUAAAAAGGAGUUGGAAACUGAAGAAUGUUUUGCCAAAUAUCCAUUGCAACUGACAGAUGGCAAUAAUAAAUACAUCUUGAAAAAUCAUAACAAAGAUUUUAAAAUGAAUGCUUAUUUGCCAGAGAAUCUCACUUGUGAGCACUGUGUAUUGAGAUGGGAGUAUAUUGCUGCAAAUAACUGGGGUAAAUGUGAAGAUGGUACACACAAAAUGGGUUGCGGUCCUCAAGAAACUUUCAAGACUUGUUCUGAUAUUCGUAUUGUAUCUUAAAUAUAUCGUUUAAGAAAUUAUUAUAAUGUUGUAUAAUAUUGUAAUAUGUUAAAGUACAUCUAAUAUAUAAUAUAUAAUGAUAUAUCAUAAAAUUUAUGUAAUUUACAUAAUGAAAUUUGCAUAAUAAAAUGUUCUCUGA